AAGGCAAAUACUGCACACAAUAAAAAUCUGUGUACGUAGCCUUUGCUCAAAACACAUUCAUUCAAACACUUCAGUCUUCACUGAACAAAAAAUGGCAGCUACUCAUAUUGCUACUCCCAUCUAUGACCGUGUGAAAGAGGUUAAGGAAUUCGACGAAUCCAAGAUGGGUGUCAAGGGCCUCGUUGAUUCUGGCAUUACCUCAAUACCCAAUAUGUUCAUUCACCCACCUGAGACUCUCUCCACCCUCAAAAAGCCCACCUCUCAAACAUGCACCAAAAAGUCCAUACCACUAAUCGACCUUUCCAACUUCAACAUCCCCACCAAACGACACCAACUUGUGGAGCAAAUCAGAGAUGCCACUUCCUCAUGGGGCUUCUUCCAAGUCAUCAACCAUGGGAUACCUCUGUCAGUCCUAGACGAAACCAUGAACGCAAUCAAAGCCUUCCAUGACCAACCCCAUGAGGUCAAGUCCAAACUCUAUACCCGUGCCCACGAUAGGGAAGGGGUUAUAUACACGAGCAACUAUGACUUGUACCGAACUAACGCUGCAACAUGGCAUGACUCGCUCGCGGUUUGGUUGUCCCCAGAGAAAAAGCGUGCAGAGGAGAAGGAAAUUCCUGAGGUUUGUAGGAAAGAGUUGCUUGCAUGGGAUUUGCAUUCAGAAAAAGUGGCUGAGACUUUGUUGGAGUUAUUGUCUGAAGGGUUAGGUUUGGGGGCUGAGAAGUUUAAGGACUUGGGGUUUUUGGUUACUAAGCUAAUUGUGGGACACUACUAUCCUUAUUGUCCACAGCCGGAUCUGACGGUGGGGCUUACACCUCACACAGAUUCAGGGUUGACUGUGUUGUUGCAGAACCAGGUGGGAGGGUUGCAAGUGAAGCAUGAUGAUGAGUGGGUGGAUGUAGAGCCCAUCCCUGGAGCAUUGACAAUCAACAUUGGCGAUACCAUUCAGAUAAUGUCUAACAACAAAUAUGUAAGCGUGGAGCAUCGUGUUUUGGCUAAGGCAUCUAAAGAGCCACGUAUCUCAGUCGUGGCAUUUUUCAACUUGGAGACUGAGAGCGAUACUAAUUACUUUGGACCAUUACCUGAAUUAUUGACACCUGAUAAACCAGCUCUUUACCGUAAAUUCACGAUGCCAGAAUUCCAGGAAGGUUUUUACAGCAAGGGAUUGGAUAGCAAGUCUUUCAUUCAAAAAAUCAGGCUGUGAAAUGAGAAUGAUAACUAAAUAAAGCUACAAGUAGAAUAUUUUCACAAAAAUUUCACAACAAAAUCUAAUUGGCAAGCUUUGAUUGGUUCCCAUCUUGGCCCACCAUUUGCAUUACUUUUUCACUUACCAUUAAUAGUUUACCACCUAGACUUUGUUGUGAAAUUGUUCAGAAAAUAUUAUAAUUGUAGCACUAUUCAUACUAAAGAGCAAUUUUAAAGUCAAUAUAAUGCAUGUUGCAUAUUUAUGUACCUGAAUGGAAUGGAGUGACCCAUUCCUUGCUCUAGAAAGUGUAUUGCUUGAGGCAUAAUAAAUGACGCAAACUUAAGUACUUAGCUUAAAGCUAUCCAACUAUGAAUAAAAUUCAUGCUGAAUAAGCUUUUAGUAUA